CCUUUUAGAUGUGUAUUAGAUAAAAAUUGAUGGGAAUAUAGGCAUUGUAUGGUCUUUUUUGUUUUUGGGUUUCUUGCUUGGCUCAGUUGUCAUAACUAUAUACCCCAAUUCUUCUCUUUACCCUAAAUCAAUGCCGACAAUAGCCAUUUGAAGACCCUAAAAAUUUAGUUUUGAUUCCUUUCAGAGCAAGAUUGCAGAAGACUGAAAGAUUUGUCCUCACAAAUAUCCGAUCGCAAAAAUGGUUCUCAAACGCUAUCAGGAUGCUAAAGCAGGAUACCAAUUGGCCAAAUCGUUUAAUGCCGAGAAGUACUUGAAAAAAGUGGGAUUGGGCAAAGAAGACUACUACUUCUGGAAGCAAAUAGGCAAGGCGUUGGUAUGCACAUACACUCUCUUCGGCGUGGCCUGGCUCUACAACGAGAAAUCGCCACUUGGGUGGUGGACGCUCAAGCCUAGGCCCAAGGAAGAGAGAGAGCUAGCGCACCUGUACGAGCGUCGUGAAUUCCCGUACCCUGGGGAUGAAGAAGCCAUGGAAGAGUUUGUUGCCAAGGGGGGAAUGAUUGGCACGACAAUUGGCCCGAAAGGGUUUGUCGAGACGGACAAAGAUGCGUUUAAUUAUCAGAAAGAGCUGCAGAAGAAGAAGCUGGAGCAGGAAGCUCAGAAGCUGUGGGUGCGGAUGAAGAAUGAGGUCGUCUCCGAGCUUCAAGAGAAGGGUUACGUCGUUGACGCUGAGUGAAAUGUGUAAAAAUUUGCAUGGUUAUGUGAUAGUUUAUGCGUUUGUGUGUAAAAGUGAUUAGCCUUUGCAUUGCUUUUGGAUAAAAGCACUUUGUGAGUACUUGCUCAAGAAUUGCUGUGAGAUAAUGCACAAGACCUUGGAUA